GGUCUGGAAGCCCAAACGUGUAGAAGUUUAUACACCGUGGAUCUGGUGGACCUUGCUCCCCCAAGCCCCCUAACCGGGCGCUUCGCCCCUGGAUCCGGACUCGCUGAGUAGACAUUGAAACUCCUGUGAAUCAAGUCGGCGACAGAUCAUCCGAUUCAUAACCUUUUUCAAUUAUUUAUUACAAAAAAGAGAGAAUAAAAAUGGAAAUGAAGUAUAUUUAUAAAAAUUUUAUAAAAUAAGAAGGAACUUAUUUGAGCGCCAUUUAAUGGCUUGCUCAGAUGAUCUCUGCAAUUUGCAAGGCAGGAGGUAAGAAAAAAUAGCGAGAGAAUAUAGGCCGGUCGGAAGCCGGCACAGCACAGUACUACUAAUAGAGGAGAGAAUAAAUGUGCGGUUUUGGGACCAAAAAUUUCAUACACAGAUUAAUUAAAUUAACAACACUUGAGUACCCCAAAUCUGAUUUUGUUUGAUUUAUUAGAUUAUUAAUCACUAACCACCAACCAAACCAAGCAUAGCCACUCCCACACUCUCUCUCAUUGCCCCACACCCACAGCACAGCUGCACUGACCUCACUUGCUCGCUACUUGCUCCUUUGCUUUCCCUUCCCUACGCCUUUUUUUCUUUUGUCUCCAUCUCCUUCGCUUUCUCGCUUCCCCUUUCACUCUACCAGUCCUCUACCCUCUGAAAAUCUCGCUACCUUUCCUUUUUCUCUUUCUCUGCCUUUACUGGGUUACAGGCAAAAAAAAAAGAGUCGCCCUUAAGCACACUCUUUCUGGGCAGCUCUUUCUGCUACUAAAGGUUCAUUUUUCAAGCUCAAAACCCGUAUUUGCACUAGGGUUUUCACUCCAAUGCCCGCAUCUUGAAUCUCCUCCCAUCUGGUUCGUGUUUCGUGCUGCUCUCGGACUUUUGAAGUAAUAAUGGGUGCAAACGGGAAGAAUGUGUUUGUCUGUGGCGUCAUAUUCAUGCUGCUUUUCGCUGCUGCUGGCGUCUCUUCAGCUCCUAUUAUCAACUCUCCUGCAAGGAUCGUUAAUGGGGUUUUCUCGAAUACUUUGUCUGCUAUCAUGAAAUGGAUUUGGUCACUCAAAGCCUCCACGAAGACAGCAAUGUCUGCUCGUCCAUUGAUGAAGUUCGAGCCUGGUUACACUGUGGAGACCAUGUUCGAUGGAAGCAAAGCUGGGAUCGAUCCUCACUCUGUUGAAGUUCUGCCCAGCGGGGAGCUGUUGAUUGUGGACUCAACCAACAGUAACCUUUACAAGAUACCUUCUUCCAUGUCUCUAUACACCAAGCCUAAGCUAGUUGCUGGAUCUGCUGAAGGAUACUCUGGAUAUGUUGAUGGGAAGCCAGGUGAGGCAAAGAUGAAUCACCCAAAGGGAGUUGCUGUAGAUGACAGAGGAAAUAUAUAUGUAGCGGACACCAUGAAUAAUGCCAUCAGGAAGAUAAGUGAUUCAGGGGUUACAACUAUUGCUGGAGGGAAACGAAUCAAUGGAGGUAGCCAUGUAGAUGGAGCAAGUGAAGAUGCCAAAUUCUCAAAUGAUUUUGAUGUAGUCUAUAUGGGAAGCAGUUGUUCCCUCCUUGUGAUAGACAGAGGAAACAGAGCUAUUAGGGAGAUCCAGCUCCACUUUGAUGACUGCGCAUAUCAAUAUGGAAGUGGCUUUCCAUUUGAGAUCGUGCUUCUUCUAGCAGCUGGCCUUUUUGGUUACAUGGUCGCUUUCCUCCAGCGUAGGAUGGGGACAAUUGUUUCUUCACAGGGCGAUCAAGGUGUGAUGAAGUCUAGCAUGGCUGAAACUCCUGGGGCUCCCCAACCACUUAAGUCUGUUAGGCCACCAUUGAUCCCAACUGAAGAUGACCAAGAAAAGCAAGAGGAAACCUUAUUUGCAUCCCUUGGAAAGCUUUUUGCCAACGCGGGUGCAUCUUUCAUGGAGAUUGUGGGAGGAAUAGCACCUGGAUUUAUGAAGAAGUCAGUUACCUAUCAUCAGUACCAGAACCAGCAGCAGCAGCAAAGACAUUCAGCUGGUUGGCCGAGUCAGGACAGCUUCGUAAUACCAGAUGAAGAUGAGCCUCCCACUGUCGAAGCGAGGACACCUACACCAAGGAGGAAAACAUAUGCUUUCAUGUCUAAAGAUGCAGAAAAGAUGCACAGGUGGCGGCAGGGUCGCUCAUUCUAUGGUAGUCAAGAUGGCGAGAUGCCACAGCAACAACAUCAGCAGCAGCAACAACCGCAUCCACAACAGCAUCAACACCAGCAGCAUCCGUAUCAGCAUCCACAUCAGCAGCAUUCUUCACAGCCACAGCCGCAACCGCAGCCGCAGAAACAGCCAAAGCAGCAUCGCCAUCAUCGGUAUCAAUCCACCACCCCUGGUGCUCCAUAUACCUACUAUGAACAGAGCCAUGAGAAAACCAAUGAGAUUGUGUUUGGAGCAGUUCAAGAGCGUGAUGUGAAGCAUGAAGCUUCAGUGAUUAAGCCUGUUGAUUAUGCGGAUCCCAUGUACAACCACCACAGCAUUCGAGUCCGUUCUACUUCUACCUAUGGCAAUAAUGCCUAUUGAAGCCUAGAUGAAGUUUGGCAAUUUUGGCUAGCAAGUAAACAUCUGUCCCUCGUCCAUCUGGUGAAGAAUGGCAAUUUUGGCUAGCUAGUAACAUCUGUCCCUCGUCCUUGUGGUUAAGAAUGACAAUUUUCGCUAGCUUAUGGGAAAUUUUAGAUUAAACUUGGGAAUGAGGUUUAUUUUCAGAUGUUAAAAGUGUUGGAGGGAAGAAGCUGGUGUAGUGCUGUCAAGGUUUUGCUCGUCCUGGUUGAAGCUAUGUACUUUAUAUAGGCGGGUUGCCUAAAGUGACAGUUAUUAUGAUUAUGUAAAAGCCAUGUUGAAAAAUUGUGAAAUGCAAUUUUGGUAUUUGCCCGCAUAGAAUUUUGCU